AUGAAUCGGAAAUUAUGCUUGUUGCUCUGCUUGGUGUAUCUCUUUGUGGGCGACUUCUGUGAGGCCAAUACCUGUCCGGGUUGUGUGGAUUUGGAUGAUAUUAUUUUCAAUAAAACCAUUGAACGUUUCCCUUACGCUUUGAUAAAAUUCGAUAUUGCCUUUCCGUAUGGUGAGAAACAUGAAGCCUUUGCUGCCUUUUCAAGGGCAGCCCACUCCGUUACCGAUGACUUGUUGAUUGGCACAGUAGGCAUCAAGGAUUAUGGUGAUAAUGAAAAUAAAGAGUUGGGAGAACGUUAUAAUAUCGACGAUAAGAAAUUUCCUGGUAUUAUGCUGUUCCGUCAUGGUGUCAAUGAUUUUCUACAUUUCCCCGAUCAUUUGGAUGUCACCGUGGAUAAUUUGAAAACUUUUAUUAGUACCAACACCGAGUUGUUUAUUGGCAAGGAAGGUUGUCUCAAGGAGUACAAUGAGCUGGCCAAGAAUUUCGUAAAACAAUCAGAAGAGGAACAAAAGAAACGCAUAGAAAAGGCUGAAGAAUUGAAGGGUACCCUCAAAAAAGAAUGGGAACAAGCAAGUGCUGGGAUUUAUAAGCUAUUCAUGGAGAAGCUAAUGGCUCAGGGUGAUGAUUAUUUCGAGCAGGAAAUAAAACGUUUACAACGUCUGAAGGCCGGUAAGGUAUCGGCAGCCAAGAAACAGGAGUUAGCUAAGAAAUUGAAUAUUCUUGAAUCAUUCCGUGUCAAUGCUUCAACCAAAGAGGAAUUGUAA